GUGUGCUGACUCAUUAGGUGUCAUAGAGAAUAUUAAUGGCUGCCGUGGUAAUGAGCGGCGCAUAAAAUAACUAUGCACAUUGGAUGAUUCGUAAGCAAACGAACUGGCAACUGGUUCGAUUUUUACAUAAUAGUAGAUGCUGGGUAUGUGUAAUGAGUGUGCUUGUAAGAGGGUGGGAAAGUGAGGGUGUGAGAGGUGCUAACGUUAGGAUAACAAAGCAAGUGACCGCCUGAUUCGUCACUGCUCCUGCCUGCCUGCUGUCACAUGUUAAGGAUAGAUUCAUGCAAAAGCCAGAACAAGGUCUUGACUGAACGCCAGGAAAAGCCAUGAUUUCACCAUGAGGAACUGCAAUUACCAGACAGCAUCACUGGGACAUGAUUUGUAGCAAGCAAUUAUAAAAGGUUUCAACUGCCAGCAAGAUGAAUGGAGAGCAGCUGGUGAAGCAUCUCCAGGCACUUGGGGCACCAGGGACUGAGCAUCUGGUCGGGGAGGCUUAUGACUGGCUAUUUGUAAAGGGCAAGGAUGACCCGCUUGUCACCUUCUUGCAGUGGUUCAUGAAGAAUAUUACACCUAACAAUGUCUUGACUGAGGAAGAGUUGACAGAUUUUGAGGCACUGAAGGCUGCAGGGGAGGUGCUAAGUCCCACACAGCUGCAGGAGAUGGAGGGAGCACUGUCCAGCAUCCCUUCCUUCCCUGGGGCUUCAGAGCAGUGCCUAGGGGAACCACUGCCUUCACCAGAGGAACUCAAGGCCCUUGAGGAUGAACUUGAAAUUUUGACACAGAGAAAGAACAUGAUCAAUGCCCACAAAAUGGAGUUGCUGAAUGAGACACAGCAGCUAAGCAAACGUAUGCAGAAAACCCAAAGUGAACUACGGAGGCAAGUGGAAGCUACAUCAACCACCAGUUUCCACUUCACCAAGGCUCAACAGAACCUGGCUAGUGUGGUGGAUGCUCAUCUCAACACCUUCCACAACUUUGACCAGGCUGAAGAGGAGGAGGCUAUGUUUUUGUCCCAGGUGGACCUUGAGGAGUGGCAAAAGGAGGAAGACAAGUUUACCAACCUUCUGACAACUUACAUACAGAAACAGUUCAGAGAGGGUGUGGGUGUGGUGGCAGGCACCGAGGACUGCUCCCAGUAUGUGCUAUUGGAUGUGAACAACCUUGAGCUGUCACUGGUGCGGGGUGCUGGCGAGGACCAGUACCGCAGGAAUGUUGCUGAGCUCAGAAGACUCAAUGCAUUGCUGCCACAGACAGAGGAAUGGAGGCUGUGUGGGCUGAUACAGCAGGAGCGCAGGAAGGCUGAAGUAAUGGAGGCAGAGAAGUUGUUAGCAGCACUGCACCAGGGACACUUGCCCUCAGACCUCAUUGUACUAAAACAACAAACCCAGGAAGUAGAGGAGUCACUCACCGUGGUGGAGAAGGAGUUCUGGCACCAGCAGCAGACAAUGCAGGCUGUCCUGUCUGAGGUGGCAGAGCUGGAAAGCACCAAGACAAUCUCAGGAGAUUAUGAACUGAAGCUGCAGCGUCAGGGCUACUUUCUCACCAAACAAAUGAUGGUAAUGGAGCAGCUGGUGUCACAGGUGGCACGCUACAACUGGGUCAUCAUUGCUCUCCAGACAGAGGGACACAAGCUCACCAACAUGGUGGACCUGCUCAAGAUGGUCAACACCAGGAUCACCGAGAGGGACAGCAACUACAAGAAGAGGAUGGUACAGCUUGAGGCACUGCUUAAUAAGAGUGUGGAAGACAAAGCCUCGGGAGUGCUGCCUCUUCCCCUCCGCACUCUGGCCUGCCUCUUGCCACCACAGGACCAGCCCAGGGCUAAAACAGGAAGCAAGGAGAUGCUGCUGAAGCAAGUGGAUGGCCUGCUGACUGGCCUUCGUGUGGCUCAGGAGCAGGUUGCUACCAUCACAAGUCCACAGUUUUCAUGCCUCACUCAGAUGAUGAGUAUCUGUGAGGCACUGGAAGCCAGUCUGUUUGGCACUGCUGGCAACCUCCAGACACUGCCCUUGGCCUGGCUGGAGGCAGUACUGGCCCAUCGUUGUACUGCUGCUGAACAGAAAGUGUGGGAGUUCAAGCAGAAGCUCAUUAACAUCAUAUCACAGUAUGAGAAAAAGAAAAAGAUUCUUAAGAUUGACUCAAAAGUGAGUCAGGAAUUCAAGAAGUGGAUAGCUGAUGUGUUAAGAAAAUUCAUGUGAAUAGAAAUUAUAUUCAGUUGUUAAAGUACCUGACUCUUCUAUCUAUAGGUAUUUUUCUAUCAAUCUAGAUACAGUACUAGACCAGCCAUCCCACAUGGGGUGGCACAGACAAAGCACCAGACACCAGACACACCAUUGAUACUCUUAACUCCAUCUGUCUGUGUACCAGAUUGAUAUUCGAUUCAGAGGUGCAAAGAAGUUUGGUGGUAAGGAACACAAAAGUCCUUAUACUCUCUUUAAGUUGCCGGCUUGUAUGACAUACUAUAUAAGAAAACCAAAGUUAUAUAUCUCCACUAGACUAGCAUUCCAUUUAAAAGUGCAUAGGAGACUUUGUUAGUAGGGAGAAUCCUAAUUCCUGCUAUUGUCCCUUAUUUAAGUUGCCUUCUAGAACAAAGAAAAAUAUGCAGGCAAUAAAGAAGAAUUUUCCUGGUCCUCUGACUCUUUGAAGCUGCCUUUUAGAACAUGCAGGCAAUACAAUAGUACUUUUAUUCCAAUUCAGACUUUGUUCUUACUAUGUUCGUAAUGUCUAUAAUCUAUUAUUUUGAUGAA